AUGGAUGACAACGACAACAACAAAAAUACAACAACAAUUACAGAUGAAUUAAAUUCUCUUCGUUCAAUUUUACGUUCAGAUGAUCAUCUUCAAAUUCAACCAUCAGGAGAUUAUGAACAAGUUCGAGUCAAACUCGAUUAUGAUAUACAAAUAAGUUUUUUCUUUGAUUCACUUAAUACUUUAAAUAAAUCAUUAACUAUUAAUAAUGUACAUGACUUAAGAAUCAUAAAAUCAUCAAAUAAAUGUCCAUUAAAUAAUGAUCAAUGGACAAAUAUUCGUCAAUAUUUUGAUGAACUUAUUCAAAAAUCGACUGAAUCAAUUUCACUUGAAUCUAUUAUUCAAUUAAUUCAAGAUCAUUUACUAAAACUUACAAUAGCAAAUGAAAAAUCGAAACAAAAAGAUAAAAACUCAACAGAAAAUAUAUCAACAAUGUCAAAUAAAUUUCGUGGUGCUGAUUUAAUAUUACAUCGAAUAUUACAUGAUAAAACAAUUGACCGAUCACAAGUUAUAAUUGGUUAUGAAGAUCGUUUUACAGGCAUACAUGAAAUUUCAUUUAAUGAAUUUAAAAAAGUUGAUAAUCAGGAGCAUGGUAUUCCAAUGCAUCGUGUGCGAUAUUUUAAAAUUAGUGGACGUAUUGUAUGGGACAGAACGAAAAAAUUAGAUAUAUUAACGGGUAGUGAUCAAUUAAAUGAAACAUCUAAUGAUAACGGACAGACAUCUACUCUUGUGCAAGGACUCUAUAAUUUUGAUCGAUCACUUCAAAAAUGGAUUGAAUGUCCACAUAUAUCAUUAACAUCAGAUGAUUCAAAAAUUUCAUCAACAAAUGAAACAUGUCUUCCUGAACGAUGUCAUUUUGUAACAUGGAAUAUUUUAUUUGAUUAUUAUCAACCAACACUUAUUUAUACUUCUCAACGAUAUAUGUGGACAUUCAAUCCAUUUUU